AUGUUCUACAUCGCGAACGCAUCGUAUGUCAGCUCGACAGCCUUUAUGAAACUGGCCCUGCUUUUUCAAUUCCUCCGUGUUUUCAAAAACGACUCCAUCGACUCCAAGACGAGCGACACUGCCGGCCGCACCUUUCUACGCCGCACCUGUCAGGUUCUUAUUGUUAUUGUUGCCGCCUGGGGCGCCACCUUUUCGUUCCUUGCUUGGGUGCCUUGCCUCCCCGUCAGCACGUAUUGGGACGGCGUGACAAACCAAGACCCAAACCACCGGGGCACCUGCUACGGCUUCGGCAUCUCCACGGACCGUACGGCAUUUAUUGCGCACACGGCCAUCAACAUGGGCCUCGACAUCUGUGUGCUCGCCAUCCCGGUCCCGCUGUACCUGGGAAACACAGUCUCUUCCUCUGCAAGAACCAGUGCGCCGGGCACGCUGGUGAUCCGUUCCUCUCUGCGCACGCGCGCGGGCGUGAUCGUCCUCCUGCUGCUCGGCGCCCUUGUCAACGUCUUUGCGGCGUGGCGCCUGGCCCUGCUCAUUGGCUCCGGCGGCUCCGUGCUCGAGACAUAUGUCGACUCGACAUUCUACGCACCGGACACGGUCCUUUUGUCGUCGCUGGAAGUCAACUUGGCGAGCAUCUGCGCGAGCGUGCCCAUCUUCUGGCCUGUGUUGCGGCAGCAGGUGUUCCGCAUUCUGGUGACCAGGGAGGUGGAGAUUGUGCGGGACGAGCGGCCGGGCGACGACGCCAGUGACGACGAAGACGACGUGGCCAAGCUGAAACAGCGACAGGCCGACAACGACGGCCACGACCACUACGACGACGCCUUUAUCCGCGACCAGGUCGACCCGCUGCGGCCAGGCACGUCCGCGGGCGUCGAGACGCGGGUCCGGAGCGAGAGGGGGGUACAGAAGACACGGCGAUGGCGACUGCGGAUGUGGUGA